GGGGGGAGGAGCCAACGAGUGAGAGGGCGGGACUCUCUGCGAGCCUAUUGGCUGCGGGCUCUGCCAAUCAUUUUACUUCCUCCCGAGCUGUGGCAAGACCACAUAUGAGAGAGCGGGAGGAGGAGAGGGAGGCACCCUCAGGCGGCUUCGCACCCUGGGUUUUUUUCACGCACAAAAAAAGAAGACUGAAGUGGGUCUGAAACUGAAACAGGGCAACAUUCGUAAAAGGAGUGCGGUCUUUUGCUCUCCUCCAUUCUUACAGUUUCCUGUUUAAGGAGGCCAUUUUGUAACCCAGCCUGGAGAAGAGGCACAACAAAGUUUGUCAUUGUUUUUGUUUUUUUCCACUCCCACGGCCGGGACUUUCAGUGUCAAGUUUGGACUUUCUCCCCCGCACAUCUACUGCUUGAGACGAGAGCGCCGAAGGUGGACAAGGGGUGUGUGUGUCUGUGUGUGUGUGUGUGUGUGUGUGUGGUUGUCUCUCACUCAACGCCGCUCGUGCUUGUCAUGCCAGGACAAUAGCAGGAGUCCGAAGAAGAGAGGGCACGAAACAAGUGGCAGAAAGGAAGGAAGGAAGGAAGGAAGAAAAACACAACUUCCUGGAUAAGGAUUUCUUCCUUCGUCAAGUGGUUGGGGGUGGACACAGGACACAGAGGAACCGGGACUGUCCGUGUGUGUCCGUGUGUGUGAGCCCCCGUCUCCUCCACUCCACCGUUUGAAUGAGCGUGAGGUUUUCUGAAGAAAAAACUCGGGCCCCUGUUUUAAUAAUAUUUUUUGUGUGUGUAUGUUAGGAGCUUUGGGCAUAUAACAAACACGACUCUCGAAUGGCAAACGCGAGCCCCUGUAUGUCCUCGGGGGCCAUUGCCCAGGUGUUUUUCCCCCCCGGGGGCCCCUCGCCAACGGGCUCAGCUGUGAUGCAGCCGGCGACCCCCAUAUCCAUCCCCCCGAUGCCUGCUCAGGGGUUUUUCCCCAUGAUGGACCUGACACCAGUGCAGGGACCUGCAGGGGCCGUGAUCCCCCCACAGCCCCCGACUCCAGCCGGCGUGUCCUUCAUCAUCCAGAUCGGACUGACCAGAGAAUCUGUCCUGAUGCCCCUGAGUGCCGACUUGGCCUAUGUGAAACAAAUGGCCUGCUCCAUUGUUGACACCAAGUUCCCCGAGUGCGGCUUCUAUGGCAUCUACGACAAGAUUUUGCUGUUCAAGCAUGACACAACCACCAACAACAUCCUGCAGCUGGUUAACGGGGCCAGUGACAUUCAGGAGGGAGAUCUAGUGGAGGUGGUGCUCUCUGCGGCAGCCACGUUUGAAGAUUUCCAGAUCCGGCCGCAUGCCCUUAAUGUGCACUCGUACCGGGCCCCAGCCUUCUGUGACCACUGUGGAGAGAUGCUGUUUGGACUGGUCAGACAGGGGCUCAAGUGUGACGGAUGUGGACUUAACUACCACAAGCGCUGCGCAUUCAGCAUCCCAAACAACUGCAGCGGAGCUCGCAAACGGCGUCUGUCCACGACCUCCCUGAGCAGCAGCCAGUCCCUGCGUCUCUCCACCACCGAGUCGGUGUACAGCUUAGGGACAGCCUCCAGCUGCGCAGAGGACGCCAGCCUCGUCCGCUCUCACACGCAAAUGCCACGGACCCCGAGUGAUGCCCGACGCUUCUACACGGGCCGACCAGUUCAUUUAGACAAGAUCCUGAUGAGCAAAGUUAAGGUGCCGCACACGUUCGCUGUCCACUCGUACACGCGGCCCACGGUGUGUCAGUAUUGCAAGAGGCUUCUCCGAGGGCUCUUCAGGCAGGGCCUACAGUGCAAAGACUGCAAGUUUAACUGCCAUAAACGCUGUGUGUACAAGGUUCCUAAUGACUGCCUCGGGGAAACCAUUGGAGAAAACAGAAGUAGCUGCGAUAUGUUGAGUCCCAGUGCGGACCCUGAGGUGCCCAUGGACUACAGCAGUGAGUAUGACGCCUCAGACAAGUCUUCAAUAGAUGACUCCGAUGAGGCCUGCAGUAUCCCUGGGUCCUUUUCUCCCGACAACAACCAGGACGGAGCCAGCGGAGACCAGAGUGUUUACAUCCCGCUAAUGAGGGUGGUGCAGUCGGUGAGACAGACAACCCGUCGAUCCAGUACGGCUAUCAAGGAAGGAUGGAUGGUUCACUACAGCAAUAAGGACACACUGAGAAAGAGGCACUUUUGGCGUCUGGACUGUAAGUGCAUCAUCCUUUUCCAGAAUAACACCACCAACAAAUACUACAAGGAGAUCCCUCUCUCCGAGAUCCUGGAGGUGCGUCCUGCUGGCAACUUCACUCUCGUGCCCACGGGAACAAAUCCUCACUGCUUUGAGCUCAUCACGGGCACUAUGUGCUACUUUGUAGGGGAAGACCCCAACGCCCUCCCCAUUCUGUCCCCUAGCAACCCCCAGAACCUCCCCCCAAACCCUCCCUCCCCGAGCCAAGUAGCGCCCAACAGCGGCAUUGGCCGCGAGGUGGCCAAGGCUUGGGAGAGCGUUGUUCGCCAGGCUCUCAUGCCAGUCAUCUUUCAGGAUGCUCCACCAGCCGCGGGCAACACAACUCACAGACAAGCUUCUAUCAACAUAUCCGUGUCCAACAGUCAAAUCCAAGAAAACGUGGACAUCGGUACAGUGUACCAGAUUUUUGCUGAUGAAGUGCUUGGAUCUGGACAAUUUGGAGUAGUGUAUGGAGGGAAGCACAGGAAGUCGGGCAGGGAUGUGGCUGUCAAAGUCAUUGACAAGCUUCGCUUUCCCACCAAGCAGGAGAGCCAGCUGAGGAACGAGGUGGCUAUACUGCAGAGUUUACGUCACCUGGGCAUUGUGAACCUGGAAUGUAUGUUUGAGACGCCAGAGAAAGUGUUUGUGGUGAUGGAGAAGCUGCAUGGGGACAUGCUGGAGAUGAUCCUCUCCAGUGAGAAAGGCCGAUUGCCUGAGAGGCUCACCAAGUUCCUCAUCACGCAGAUUCUUGCAGCUCUGAGACAUCUACAUUUUAAGAACAUCGUUCACUGCGAUCUGAAACCUGAAAAUGUGCUGCUGGCCUCCGCCGAUCCCUUCCCCCAGGUGAAGUUGUGUGACUUUGGUUUCGCUCGUAUCAUCGGCGAAAAAUCUUUCCGACGAUCUGUGGUGGGAACCCCGGCCUACUUGGCUCCGGAGGUUCUGCUGAACCAGGGUUACAACCGCUCGCUGGACAUGUGGUCGGUCGGCGUAAUCAUGUAUGUCAGCCUGAGUGGGACAUUCCCCUUCAAUGAGGACGAAGAAAUCAAUGACCAGAUCCACAACGCGGCCUUCAUGUACCCUCCCAACCCCUGGAAGCAGAUCUCCACUGAUGCAACUGACUUGAUCAACAACCUGCUCCAAGUAAAGAUGAGGAAACGCUACAGUGUGGACAAGAGUCUCAGCCACGUGUACUUGCAGGACUAUCAGACGUGGUUGGAUCUGCGGGAGCUGGAGACUAAACUCGGCGGGCGUUACCUCACCCACGAGAGUGAUGACAGCCGCUGGCAGAUGUUUGCCUGUCAACAUACCCUGCCCUACCCCGCUCACCUCGUCCCCCCACCUCCUGCCCCCGCCUCCGAUGAUGAAGCGGAUGCAGAUGUGCAAGGCCUCACUGAAAGAGUCAGCAUCCUCUGACGAGAGAGAGAGAGACACACAGACGGAGGAGGACUCAAGCAUAUUUAGGAAGAAAGAAGUAGGGGGGGUGUUGAGGGAGGUGGACCUAGAGAGACAAGUUUUAUGGUCUUAAUAAAAAUAGUGUCUAGCGUUAAAGACUUUCACCGUAAAAGAUCUGUUUGGCAGCACUCAAUUUUACAGCAAGGAAUCCAAUGCUUCUCUUCAGGCAAGAACCUUCAUUUAACUCUGCUGUCAUCGGUUGUCCCUUUUUAUCUUUUGAAUUGUUGGACAUUUUUAUGGGGAUGACUUCUCGUUUGUAUUUAACAUCCUCGGUGCGCCUGACCUGGGCAGUUUUUACAGAUGACAUUAGUCAAACUAUUAAUCACAAUUUCUCAGAAAAAGGACAAGCAGCAUGUUCUUUUCCUCCAAUUGUCAAGAUGCUUGAAACUAAAUGAAGCUGGAAAUGUCACUUUACUGCAGCCAUUAAACCAGUGGUGUGGGUGUGUUUGCAUUGAGGUGUUUUUUCUAAAAAAAAGGAUCAUCUUGAAUACUGAAAAUGAAACUGCUUCCCAUUAAAAGAGAAGUACCAUUUGGUUUGGGUGUCAUUUAAUUGGACUGACAGGAAUUAAAGUCUAAUUUAAUGUCUUCGGUAAAAACCGGUUCAAUCUCUUUCCAGUGACAAGACAUCUGUGCUGGUAAUUACAAAUGUGCAGGCAUUAAGUCAAACCAUUAUAAAUUCACAAUUGCAUCCCCAUAAUUGAAUGUCCUGCGGUGAAAACUGAAGAUAUUGAUCUUCCCUCAGCAAAUCUUCCGGUAAUUACCACGGGUUGUGAGUAAUAACCGGCUUUUAGAAAAAACACGUGAUUGAACAUGGCUUUGUGGUUUGAAAUGAACUGCACGGAGCCGUCCUUUAACUGAGUGGCCCGCACCGAACAAUCGUGUAUUUAAAUGUUGAGUGAGAUGUCGCAGAUUUACGUGUACAUUAAUUUUCAAUAUACCCAAAUACUGCCAGUGAAGGAAGAAUUUUUACACCUGAGCAAGUAAAUGGAUGCUUUU